CACGGUUUUGAGCGGAAGUCUGGGGGAGGUGGUGCAGGUGUAAAGUGGGCAAAAUGGCGGUGCCUAUGAGCAACGUGGAUGAGAUCCGUGACAGAGUGAUUUUGGGCGAAUUUGGCGUAAAAAAUGUUCAUUCUACAAAUUUUCCUGGUAAUUAUCCUGGUUAUGAUGACACAUGGGACCUCAAGAAGUUCAAAACGAAUUUCAGGCUGGAUGUUGUUCAUAUGGAUGAGAGCACGUUGGAGUUUGAUAUGGUGGGAAUAGAUGCUGCCAUUGCUAACGCUUUCAGGCGGAUAUUACUAGCUGAGGUCCCAACCAUGGCAGUUGAAAAGGUUUUCAUUUACAACAAUACAUCUAUAAUUCAAGAUGAGAUCCUAGCACAUAGGCUUGGCCUGGUACCCAUCAAAGCUGAUCCUCGUCUUUUUGAGUACCGGAAUACUGGCGAUGAGGAAGGCACAGAAAUCGACACAAUUCAGCUUCAGUUGAAGAUCAAAUGUACAAGGAAUCCAAGGGCAUCUAAAGAUGCCUCAGAUCCCAAAGAAUUAUACCUUAAUCACAUGGUGUAUUCAAGGGACAUGAAGUGGGUGCCUAUUGGAAAUCAGGCUGAUGUGUUUGCUGAUGCUGACAUUGGUCCUGUGCAUGGAGACAUCCUCUUGGCACAGCUUCGGCCAGGACAAGAGCUGGACAUAGUUAUGCACUGCGUUAAAGGAAUAGGUCAGGACCAUGCUAAGUUUUCCCCAGUGGCCACUGCUAGUUAUAGGCUACUUCCUGAGAUCACAUUACUGCAGACCAUUGAAGGAGAAAAAGCUGAGAGAUUAAAGCGCUGCUUCUCACCUGGAGUUAUUGAAUUGGAGGAUGUUGAUGGGAAAAAAGUGGCAAAGGUGAUCAACAGUCGCCUGGAUACGUGCAGCAGAGAAGUGCUUAGGCAUGAUGACCUAAAGAGUUUGGUCAAACUCGGAAGAGUGCGAGACCAUUUCUUAUUCUCAGUAGAAUCUACUGGAAUUUUACCACCUGAUGUCUUGGUCCGUGAGGCAGUUAAUGUACUCAUCACAAAGUGCCAGAAAUUUCUGUCUGAGCUCGAUUCAGUGACUGAAAUGGAGUAAAAUAAGGAACAUUGGUGCACGUGUUUUGAACACAACAUUAACAGGACUACACGACUUUGAAUGUGUCGUAGGAUUGGGUAGCUGAUGCCAUGCAUGAUUCGGGAGUUUUCUUUCCUAAAUAUAAAAGCCUUGAGUCGUACAGGAAGCCUUGAUGAUAUUAGAUCUAUAUCAGCUGUGAGAGCUAGUGUUCUAUUCUCAUUCUUAAAGCAUCUGCUUUGCUCAAAGUAGGUAUUGCUUGGCUGGUCCUGAUGAAUGACUAUGAGCUUAACUUUUGGCACUUGUCCAUGUCAAGACAAAGGCAUCAAUAGUCUCAUGAAUCUCAGUGUUCAUUUUUCUCCAUGAAUUUGUUUGGCAUGAAACAUUGUACAUUGUUUUGUAUUAAAUUUAUUGACAAAA